AUGGAUUUCAACGGACCUGAACCAAUUCACCAACAAGAAGACAGAGAAUGCCUCCUCAUGAACACCUACGGCGGCAUCCCGUCGGUGAAGGUUGUGGAAUACAUGCUGUCAUCCAUGUCCAACGAACUUCUCUGCAAGUUUCCCGACAACUCCGCCUUCGAUUUCGACUACACCCAGAGCUCAAUUUGGUCGCCGUUAGUCCCCCACCCUUCCAACCCAUCAUCACCGGCGCCGGAUCUGCAGAGGAAGCUUUCGUACGACGAUGAUGAACACGGCAGCGACGGGAUGGUCUGGCACAGCGGAGACACCAGUACGGCGGCGGUGAUGAUGAAGAAACUGACGGCAAAUAUCAAGGAUAAGAUUGCAGAUUCGUGUGUGUUUAGUUGCUUCAGAAUUCAUCCCAAAAUUGGGAAGAAGAAGAUGGUGAUGAUGAAGAGAAGGAGGAACAGCUUCAGAGGGUUUGAUCAAUUGGGACCGAUUUCUUCGGAUUCUUCUGGUGUUGUUGCAGAUUCUGGUUGUUCCUCCCCAAAUCAAAGAAAGGGAUGGAAGAAGGUUUUGAAGGCAGCAUCAAAGCAAUUCAAGAAGACGAUGAAGAAGAAAGAGUCUGGUGUUCAUCUCAAGCUCUCCAAUGGCUUCUCUCAUUUUUCUUGUUAAUUAUUUAUAAUUAAUUAAUUAAUUUUGUUGGAAAUGACUUGUAUUCCACGUGUAAUUUAUGUUUUUCUAAUAAUUUUGUCUCGGUUUUUUGUUC